GCCAGAGCAAAUCGAUCUUUGAGGAACAUAUGGGUGGUCAAUAGUUAACGAAAAGCCCGGGCCGGAUUUAACGGGCUGCGAGAUGGUUCUAAGCCAGGGCAAACCGAUUGGAGGACGAAACAUUUAUUUAUCAAAGAUAAAUGAAGGCUGCCUAUGACUGCCGUGCCACAAAAAGAGCAUGCUCUGACAGGAAGGUGCUGAUUUUAGGGACAAACUGGGCCAAUCCUCAAUCUGGCACUAUGGAGAAGAUAACAAUCAGCAUUGUCAAUGACAAAGCAACAGGGAAUAAGCGUAAUAUAGAGGAAGAGGCUGACGAAUCACCACCCCCUAAGAAACUACGCAGUGCUGUAUUCCUCUGCAGCACCCCAAGCUCUGCUCCACAUUGUUCACGGGACGUGGAUGAAUUUGAUGAAUUUGAUGAUACUAUAUUGGAACGUUCUGAGGAUGAAAGUGACUCCCCAUUGCACAUGACAUUGGUUCAGAUCGAAGAACUGUUGGAAGGCGAUUCGGAUUAUGCUGCCGAACCCCCUGGAUGGGAGGAAGAGUCGGAUACAGUUCUUCAGGAGCUGGCUGUGCCUAAUGCUGAUGGAUCACAAAGAAACAUAGUAGAGUUCAGAAAUCUGAAUAGCCCUUUGGUUGAGGAACAGUCAGAUAGCUCUCAUACUCUGACUGAGGAAACAGUGUGUUCACAGGACACUAGCAAUUAUGCAGCCAUGGCUCCUUCACCAUGCUGGUCAAGCAUAUCAACUGCAGAACAGAAUGGGGAGGCUGGGGACAAUGUUUUAUCUGUUUGCCCCAUAACCUCUCCUGUGCUACACAAAAAUGAGGUGAACAGAGGCAGUGUACAAGACUGUUCUGAAGUUUGUAAUGACAGUGAUAUUUGCUCAACAUUGUCAUCUUCACAUUUGCCAGGAGAUUUGAAGGUCGUGGAUGAAAUAAGUGAAGACUCGGACAUUCCCUUUGAUGGGGACAUUGACGAACUCUUGACACUCAGUCCUGGAGAUACCACUUCAGAGGAUGAGGACAACAAAAUAACAUCAGAAUCCACUCCUGCCUCAUCAGAGCUUGAGUCUGUCCCACUUGUACAUUCCCACACUGAAGCAAUCUACAAAACUCCAAGUUCACUUCAGUGCCCUGUAACCUUUACUGCUAGCACUGACCCUUCAAACCUGUCCCAGCUUUCAGUUUCAUCUGUAACUGCUAUUAAUGGGCAAAACAACUCAAAUAAAGUCCCUCUGCCACCCUCAGACACUGCCCCUGGCCCCCAGCUGCCCGCUGAUCCUUGUAGCCAGAGCAGUAAAGUUUUGAAAGUGGAGCCCAAGGAGAAUAAAGUUAUUAAAGAAACUGGCUUUGAACAAGGUGAAAAGUCUUGUGCAGCACCUCUAGAUCAUACUGUGAAGGAAAAUCUUGGACAAACUUCUAAAGAACAGGUGGCAGUUUCCAUUGGGUGCAAGAAAAAAGUAAAACCAUCUCAACUGCAACAAAAGAAACUUGGUACUCUGCCCACAAAACCACAAGCAGCUUGCAGGCCACAGAUAUCUAAUGCUGAACUGGAAAAAAACAGGAAUAUUUACCGGGACCGGGUAAUGAUGCAUCUCGAGGUACACAAUAUACCUGGAGGUAAGAACCGAAUUAUGAGUUGGCCACCUUACUUAACGAAACCAGCAGAGAAAAUCCAACAUGGCAACACCCCUCUGACUACACUAGAAGGAACUACUAUGUAAGAAAACAGCCUGUCCCUUGCAGUUUGAAUGACUGGGUGAUGCGAAAUGGGGGUCCUGCCAUAGAGCGCUUCCAUGGUUUACCUUGCACAUUUCAGAGAAGUCCUAUGCCAGGAGUCCUUCCUACAGGGCCUUCCUGAAACUAUAUAUGUGCUUAUUCUUGUUUGAUUUGGCUUUGCAGCUAGGGUUUUCACCUUUUCUGGAAAAAAAAAUACUGGCUUCCCUAUUAAUAACUAUGAACUUAAGUAUGCUUUUUACCAGCUAGAUGUCAACUCUAUCUGCAGAGGCAAUUAGAUGACCAGCAAGUAAAAUCUUCCUGACCUAUGGGGCAGGACCUAAAAUUCAAAUCCCAAGACUUGGACAACAUCCAAGUUGUUGGUAGAUUUACAUUGGAAGUGCCUUGUAUCUUCAUUUUAUGGUCCUGACAAGAAUUUUUAUGUUUAUACUUGCCCUGGAUUGUUUUGUUGUGAUAAAUGUUAAUUUUCACAGGUUUGUGGUUAUGGCCAUUAGUGACACACUGUGCUGUAAGCUUGCACUCUAAGCACUUCUCUUUGCUUGAUAGAUUCUUCCAAAUCUCCUUCCUGAAACUGACCAGCGUCUCCCUGUUUUCUCUCCCUGUUAUUUCUGUCUCCCUACACCAACAAACAAAUGAUUCAGGAGCUUUAUGAUAGCCCUUAACAUCUCUUAAUUUAUUUCUCUUCCUGCAGCUCCCUCGCUUUUUCCUUUCCCUGUUACAUUCAUCUGACUUGAAGAGUUGCAAAUUUUCAGUGUUUCUGUUUUUGUUGCUGAUAUGUUGUAAACUUUUUAAUAAAAUCUAUUUCUAUAGAAAAA